CUAGGGAAGAAGCUGCCAGAGGCUUUACUCCCUUGACUGUAGCUUAGUCUACUACCUGUCCCUGUUGCAUGUCAUGUCUAUACUAGGUAUUUGGGCUCCAAGGCUCCUUUUUAUGUCGCUAGAGUUGUGGUUGUUGGUCCAGGGAUUUCCCAUUCCGAGUAGGACCCAGGACUCGGUCCAGCUGACCUCCGAAGCACCUGGGCCAACUGAGCCCUGGUCCUCACACUCCUUGGACGGCCUUCCUGACAUGCGGCAGAUGUUUACACCCCCAGAAGACCAGGGGGACUUUGAUCAUCUAGGGUCAUCUGCUCCCUCGCAGGUGUUUGCCCCACCUCGUUUAUUGACUGACGGUUUGCUUCAGUUCCUAGACCAGGAUUCUGGUAGGCAGCCGUCUCCAGAGCCAGAUCCAUUUGCUGUUGCACAUCAGGAGGUGAGUGACGAGCUAAACCUGCCUGAGACCCCCAGAAGCGGUGCCGAUGGAAAAAGCUGCCAGAGGCUUUACUCCCUUGACUCUCGUUUAGUCUAUUACAUGUCCAUGUUGCAUGUCAUGCCCCCUCUAAUGAUUUGGGCCCCAAGGCUCCUUUUUAUGUCGCUAGAGUUGUGGUUGUUGGUCCAGGGAUUUCCCAUUCCGAGUAGGACCCAGGACUUGGUCCAGCUGACCUCCAAAGCACCUGGGCCAACUGAGCCCUGGUCCAUACACUCCUUGGACCGCCUUCCUGGCUUGCAGCAGAUGUUCACACCCCCCCCCCCGGCCGACCCGGCGGGGGGCUUUGAUUACCUGGGGUCAUCUGCUCCCUCACAGGUGUUUGCCCCACCUCAUUUAUUGACUGACGGUUUGCUUCAGUUCCUAGAUCAGGAUUCUGGUAGGCAGCCGUCUCCAGAGCCAGAUCCAUUUGCUGCUGCACAUCAGGAGCUGAGUGACGAGCUAAACCUGCCUGAGAGACGCCCAGAAGCGGUGCCGAUGCCCAAUAGGGAACAGAAUCAGGGCCCCACUCUGCCUCCUCCACUUCAAAGUAAGACUCAGACUGUCAGCUUAGAUCAGGCUUCAGAGAGCCAAACAUUUGAUAUACCUCUUCCACCUCUUGAUCGUCAGAUUUCAAAAGUAGCAAAGUUUAUUGUUUCACGCUGGAAACUGAAGAAGGAUGCUGCUCAACAUCAGAGACUUGAUGAGACUGUGGCUGGAACUCCACACCAAUUUGCAAACCUUCAGCCAGUUCCAGCUCCAGAGGUGACAGUUCAACCUCCAGCUCAGGAUCAAGGUCAACAGGAUACCUCGCCCAGCGUUACGGGUAAGCCUGUGGAUGUGGAAAUCACCUUAAGUCCAGAGCCUACCCGGGAGGCUGCAUCUUCUCCAACUCAGCCUUCAGAGUUUGCUGAAGGGGCAGAACCUUCUCUCAGUGAGAAGGAACAAGCAGCUGAGCCAUCUGUGUCUCCUGGGGAGGCUCAGCCUUCUGGAAUUCACAUGGCUGCUCCAGCCCAGGCCUCAGAGCAUGCUGAGGAGUCUGAACCUCCUCCACCCCAGCAGGAAGAACCGGCUCAGUCCUCAGUGUCCUCCGAACAGUCUGAAGCUUUGAAAACCCAGCAUGAGAUUAUAACUCAGAAGCCAGAACCCUUAGAAAAGGAUGAACUUUCUCCAGUCAGUCAAGGGGCUACAGCUCAGCCAGAAGAGCUUCCUGAGGAACCUUCUCCAAGCCAGCAGGAGAGCUCAGUUCCUCCUGUAAUGCCCCCUGUGAAUACUGAACUUUCACCAAUUCAGCCACAACUCCCAACUCAGUCUCCAGAAUCCUCUGAGGAGGUUAGUGAUCUUCCUCCAUUGGGAGAUAGCAUAUCAUUUUCACCUCAAGAUCUAGAAAUAAUGUUUAGAAAGCAGCAUCCAAAUUUGCAAGAAACCACAGAUAAACAUGUGGAUAUGGAGAUUACCAUGACUCCACAGACCACUGUGGAGUUUGAACCCAUUCCAGUCCAGCAGGACACCCAAAACCCUACAGAUGCCACUGAACAACUUGAAUUUUCUCCGACCCAGUCUGGUUCCCCUUCCCAGACUCUAAAAUUCCUGGAAAAUAUCGAAUCUUUUCCAGGCCAGCCAGAACCCACAGCUCAGCCUUCUCCAGCCCGACCAGAGCCCAUAGCUCUGCCUUCUCCAGCCCAGCCAGAGCCCAUAGCUCUGCCUUCUCCGGCCCAGCCAGAGCCCACAGCUCUGCCUUCUCCAGCCCAGCCAGAGCCCACAGCUCAGCCUUCUCUGGCCCAGCCAGAGCCCAUAGCUCUGCCUUCUCCGGCCCAGCCACAUCCCAUGGUUCAGACUUCUCCAGGCCAGCCACAGCCCACAGCUCAACCUCCAGUGCCUUAUGAGAUGACAGUUCCAAUACUAAGUCAGGAUGAAUCUCAGUAUUCAAUGUCCAGUGUCACAAUUCAACCUUUGGAUCUGGAGCUCCCCAUAACCUCCAAACCCACUACAAAGGUUAAAAAUUCUCCACCUGUGAAGAAGACUAGAACUCCUCCUCCAAAGCCCCCUCAAGUGACACUUCCACAUCCAGUCCAGGUACAGGCUCAGCAUCCAGGUCUGACUGAAGGCACAAUUCAACCUGUGGAUCUCCAACUUAGCAUAACUGUACAACCUAUUACUGAAGAUGAGCCUUCUCCAGCCAUGCAAGAGACCCCACCACCUGAGCACCCUGAGGUGACACUUCCACAUCCAGUCCAGAAUCAGGCUCAGCAUCCCAACCUGAAUGAAGUCACAGUUCAACCUUUAGCUCUAGGAGUUCCCUUAACUUCAGAGUCCAAACAGUCUACUACUCUGAAGAAGACAACAGCUCCUCCCCCAAAGGUGGAGGUGACACUUCCACAAGUCAAGGUUAAGACUUUAAAGCUGGAGCUUACCAAAUCUUCACAACCUACCACAGAGGUUAAACGUUCAUCUAUGCAGGAAACCUCAACUCAGCCUCCAAAGCCAGCUGCAGAGACUAAAAUUCAGCCUUCAACAUCAGGUCAAGAUCAGGCUCAGCGUCCAACGUUGGCAGUUACAGAGGCAAAUAACACUAUAACUCCUCCUCCACAGCACCCUGAGGUGACACCUCCACAUUCAGAACAGCUUCAGUCUGGUCUGGAACGUACCACUAUUGCACAUUCUGUAAAUCCCACCACAGAAAGUGCUCUAACUGUGCAAACGGAACCGAAUGCCACCCCGUACACCAACAUAUGUGAGCUCUGUACCUGUCGAGAUGAGUCACUGUUGUGUGUUGGUCUCAGCCCAACGCAGAAGCUCCGCCGAGUGCCUGUGCCGAAGCCCAACACCUACAAGAAGGUCCUCACCACCCUAAAUUUCCAUGGAAACGCUAUUGAUUACAUUGAUAAAAAUACAUGGAAAGCCUAUCGUUGGACUGAGAAACUAAUUCUCAGUGAAAAUCGCCUGACUGAAUUACGUAAGGAUUCAUUUGAAGGCCUGCUGUCCCUCGAGUAUUUAGAUUUAUCCUGCAAUAAAAUACAGUAUAUUGAAAGACGGACAUUUGAAUCACUACCUUUUUUGAAAUUCGUAAAUCUUGGUUGCAAUUUAAUCACUGAAUUGAACUUUGGAACAUUUCAAGCAUGGCAUGGAAUGCAGUUUUUACACCAAGUGUAAGUGGAAUAGAAGACAAACAUGUUUCAAACUUAUUUGUGUCUUAAAAAAAAAAAA